UAAAGAAAAUAAAAUUCUCACAUAAAUGGAAAACAUUUUAAGCAUAUACUAGAAACCUUAUAAUAUUUUCUUUUCUCCCUUCCUUUCUUGUACCUUCUUUUUUUCUUUUACUUUUCUUUUUCCUCUUUAGUACUUUAUUAUACGAAAGUAUGGAGCCUUUUAAUCAUUAUAAAUAAGAAAAAAUUAUAAAUUAGAUAUAUAUAUAUAUAUUCCAGAUCAUCAAACAAGAAAACCUUGAAGUUGUUUCCUAUUUAUAAUUGUUUCAUGCUCUUCCUCACUCACAUUUGUAGAUGUAAGCAUUGCAUUCACUUCAGCUUGCAUCAUAGAUUCAUGAAAAACACAACAAAGCAAAAGAAUUAAUUUAUUUUUUGUAUGGAAAGAUGCAAACUUUUUUUUUGUCUUUUUAGGUAAAUUACCAUACAUGAGCUCUGCUUCAAAUCUUGAGGUGCUUUACUUAUGGGGCAAUAAUCUCAGUGGAAAUAUUCCUGGUUCUAUCUCUAAUGUUUCUAAGCUCAGAAUCCUAGAAUUAGAACAAAACUCAUUCUUUGGCCUUAUUCCAGAUGCACUUGGCAAUUUGAGGUUCCUUGAGACCUUGCACCUUUGGUCGAAUCACUUGACCACCAAAACUUCAACUCAUGAGUGGAGCUUUCUCAAUUCCUUGGCAAAUUGCAGGCAUCUAAGAAUUUUAGAACUAUCAUUGAACCCAUUGAAUGGCAUUCUUCCAACUUCUAUCUCAAAUCUUUCCACAUCACUUCAACAAUUGUGGGUCAAUCAUUGCAAAAUUAGAGGCAGCAUUCCCAUGGAAAUCGGUAGCUUAAGUAACGCUAUAUUGUUAGACCUUUCCUCUAAUAAAUUGAGUGGACCUAUUCCAACAACAAUAGGAAGGCUAAAAAAUCUCCAACUUUUGCAUCUUUAUGGAAAUAAGUUACAGGGCUUUAUACCACAUGAUCUUUGUGGUUUGAAGGGAUUGUACAAAUUAUCAUUAGGUGACAAUGAGCUUGAUGGGCCUUUACCGACAUGUUUCUCUGAUUUGACUUCUCUGAGAUAUCUAUACUUGUUCUCCAACAAAUUGCAUUCAACAAUACCUUUAACUUUUUGGAGCCUUAAAGAUAUCUUAGAAAUAGACUUGUCAUCAAACAAUCUUAGCGGUUCACUUCCACUUGACAUUGGAAAUUUGAAGGUACUUAUCUCUUUGAAAUUGUCAAGGAAUUUAUUAUCAAGUGAUAUUCCUCCCACAAUUGGAAGUCUUCAUGAUCUACAGGUUUUGAAUCUUGCUAGUAAUAGAUUACAAGGUCCUAUUCCUGAAUCAUUCGGUGACUUGAUGAGUUUGAAAAGUUUGGAUUUAUCUAACAACAAUUUCUCUGGAAUCAUUCCAAAGUCUUUGGAAAGACUUUAUGAUCUCAAUUAUUUUAAUGUGUCUUUCAAUAGAUUAGAAGGGGAAAUCCCAAGUGGAGGUCCCUUUUUAAACUUCACGGCCAAAUCAUUCAUGAAAAAUUAUGCACUCUGUGGUUCACCUAGACUACAAGUCUCACCUUGCAAAAAUAAAAUCCAUCGGAAAUUCAAGAAGACCGCUCUACAUGCUUUGAGGUAUGUUUUACCAACAUUUGCUUCAAUAAUAAUAGUUAUAGCAGUCAUAAUUGUCUACAAAAAAAAGCAGCAGGGGAAUAUGAAUUUGGCGAUUGUUGAAGAUUUAAUUCCUGUCGAGAAAUGGAGAAGAAUUUCCUACAAUCAGCUAUUGGAAGGGACUAAUGGAUUUAGUGAAAACAACUUACUGGGUUCAGGAAGUUUUGGCUCUGUAUACAAAGGAAUACUUUUAGAUGGGACAAAUGUUGCAAUAAAAGCUUUUAAUUUGCAAAUAGAUGGAGCAUUUAGGAGUUUUGAGAUUGAAUGUGAAGUGAUGAGCAAUAUCUUUCACCGCAAUCUUGUUAAGGUCAUUAGUUGUUGUUCUACUAUUGACUUCAAAGCCUUAGUGCUUGAAUUCAUGCCUAAUGGGAGCCUUGAGAAAUGGUUAUAUUCUUACAAUUAUUUCUUGGAUAUCCUGCAAAGAAUCAACAUAAUGAUGGAUGUUGCAUCAGCAUUAGAAUACCUCCAUUUGGGACAUCCAACACCUAUAAUCCAUUGUGACCUAAAACCAAGUAAUGUCUUACUAGACAAAGACAUGGUUGCUCAUGUGGGAGAUUUUGGCAUUUCCAAAUUGUUGGGAGAAGAAGAUUCUAUGAAACAAACAAUGACACUUGCCACUAUUGGCUACAUGGCACCAGAAUAUGGAUCAGCAGGAAUUAUUUCUAUUAAAAGUGAUGUUUAUAGUUAUGGUAUUCUACUAAUGGAAAUUUUCACAAGAAAGAGGCCCACUGAUGAAUCUUUUGCUGGAGAAAUGAGUAUGAGACAUUGGGUGAAAAUGUCACUAUCUAAUGGAAUAAUUGAUGUAGCGGACUCCAGUUUAGUGCAUAAAGAGGAUGAAUAUUUUGUUGUCAAAGUGAAUUGUAUAUCGUCCAUCAUGGCGUUAGCUUUGGAUUGUUCAUCUGACUUACCUGAAAACAGGAUAAAUAUGAAGGAUGUUGUUUCCAUGCUCAAAAAUAUCAAAAGAGAGUUUUUGAAAAACAUGGAGAAGGAUUAAUAAAGUAAGAUACACAAUUGUUUGUAUAUAGUUUAAGAUUAUUGAAAAGUACAUAGAAUGCCUCUAACUACCUUUCAAGACAAUUUUCAUUUGAACUUUAUAUUUUUCUUGCAGGCCAUUGGCAGAACAGCUAUGUAUUUUGUGUCCAUAU